CCACCACAUUUCUCCUACUCACCCCCCCCCUCUCUCUGUCUCGUCGCCUUCCCCCUCUCCCCCUCGGCCAUCCUUUGACCACCUCUCGUCGUCUCCUCCUCUCUCUCUCCCCCUCCCGUUGAUGAUUCCAAAUCCAUGGGAUUGGGUGCUCUCAAAAAUGUCGAGCUCCGAUCCAAAGGAUGAUGACUCGACCACCACCACCACGACUCACCCACACUCACAGCACCCAUCUUCCUCUCUUCUCUCCAUACUCCCACCAAAACCAGCAUUCACCGCCGCCCCACCACUCGACCCAGGCAAGUCCUCGCAUGCCGCGCCGAUGCGCACAGGUCCAACGUCAAGCGUCACGGCGUUAAGAGAGGCCGCAAGACUGUCACUGGCCAAGAAGGCAGCGCCCCCAAAGCGCAAAGAGCGUGAAGAAGGCGAGAUCAGCGACGAGGAAGAGGGCCAGGUUGUCGAGGAGACCGCGCCCCGCUCCAAGGGCAAGGGAAGGGCGAGAAACGGCCCGACACGCGACCACGAGCCCCACUACAAGGCCCAGGCAUCCGGCUCGCGGCAGCACACGCAGCAGCAGCCAGCAGGCUCAGGCAGCAGCAGAUCCACGCCCCAGGCUCUGGACGCGGGCAUCAAGCGCUCGACAGUGGUGACGAUCAAGAACAGCACGCCCAUCCUCCCGCCUUCUCCAGGGGGCAAGAACAUGACCCCGCAAGACGAAGAAGGCUACCUCGACCUGAUCAGGAGUUACAUCCGCGAAGGCUUCAAGCCCGACGCGCUGAUCCGCAACGGAGCGCCAGAGCACAUCGUCACGCGCGUGUGCGAGGAACUUGUCGCGGGCGCCAACGCCACGUCAGGCCCGACGAGAAGCGUCAGCCCGAGCCCGCAGCUCCCGCGUCUUGCCCAGCCUGGUAGUCCCGGCUCGGACGUCGAAGUUGCCGUCAAGGGAGACUCGGACAGCGAGGCCGAAGCGACAAUCGAGAACAUGAUCCCUCCCAGCCCGCCGGCAAAGAUCGUGCCCUCGAGUUCUUGGGCACCAGGCCCGUCGCGAACGACUGCGGUGGCGUCUGCGCCGGCCCGCGGACAGCAGGCUUCGACCUCGGCUCAGGCUGCCGCUGCCCCCGCCCCGAUCCACCUCGAGAGCUAUCGCCCCACUACGCGCCCUGCCGCACAGCACGGUCGCAGGCGCGGUAGACGUGACCUUGAUCGCGCCGACGCGUCGGGAGACACAUUAAACUACGGCGACGAGGAAGACAGUGCGCCGAUUGCGCUGCCGCCGCCGCCUCCACGUCGUCUUCCCCCUGCGGCUGAUGACGAUCGCCCAGCGCCCAAGUCGGCGCCGGUGACUCGCAACCCGUCGCCACCUCCCCCACCACCUGCAACGGCACCGCCCCCUCCGCCGACCACUGCCCCUCCCCCUCCACCACCAGUACCGCCAGUCAUCGACCUGGCUGAGACGCGCCGCCGCGCCCUGGAGAGCAUGCGCAAGCGCAAGACUGCCACCCCUGCUUCGGGAGUUUCGACGCCAACGACAGCACCUAAUGUUGAUGGGCAGACGCCGGCCGCCCAAAUCUCCAAGGCGACCGCAGGUGCAGCUGCCACUCCGGAGCCGACGACGGCGACGGCAGCAGAGGAAGCCAUGGACCUCGACGACUCGGCGGAAGAAGGCGAGAUUGAGGACAAGCCUGUUGUCGCUCCUCCGCCCCCGCCUGCGCGCGGCAGAAAGCGCCCCGCCGCUGAGGACCUCAUGGAUAACCGGUCGCGGCCGCUCACGACUAUGCGGUUCACGUACACCAACAAGCGCCUGUUCUGCCCAAUUCCCCAGGACACGGACCGUCUCCAGCUCUCCCUUGAUGAUGAUAGUGAAGACUCUGAGGACGAGGAGCCAUCAUCAGCCCCGUUCACGGCACCACCUGUUAUCGUCAUUCCUCCGCCGUACGACCUUGCGUCUCUCAAGCUGGCAGAGAAAUCUCUCAGGCUGGCAGAGAAGGAGGCAGAAAUCCGCCGCCUGAAGGAGCAGAUUCAAGAAAGGCUGAGGCUCAAGCAAGCGAGUACGCCUUCGGGUUCGACUCCGAAUGGAAGCUCGACGCCGACGGACGCGUCCAGAGUAGCGGCGGCUGUCGCGGCGGCGGUGAGGGUCGGUGCCGUUGGCAUGAAGGCCGACGUUGUCGAAGCUGCCGUCGAAGCUGUUGCCGAGGAGCAGAAGGCUGUCGACGACGAUGCGGCUGCUGCAAAGGCGACUCGUCACUCGAAAGCCAACGGACGAAAGGGCAAAGCCAAAGCUGCUGUCGACCCAGAGGCGGCGACCUCCGUAAGGGCAACCCGCAGCCAGAAGGCGAGCUCCACUACCGAUGGGCCCAAGCACCAAGAUGACGACGUGGAGAUGGAGCAGCGGCGUCUGUUACAGCACCUGCCGUACCGCCAACGACGGCUUUCCGAUCUUACCAACCACUGCUGUCGCAUUACCCUCAAUUAACAUCGACCCUCCUCGCCGACCCUGCCUCAACUUCGACCAAGAAGAAUACUGAACCCACUAUCGACCUGAGCUUGAUUACUUCAGUGGUACUAACCCACCGACUUCAGCGCGACCCUUCUGCUGCGCUUUGUCGUUCGGAAGCGUCGGGAGGCCUAUGCGCCGAUGCGUCGUGUGGGGACGUUCACGUGUCUCGGGCUGAAUCCACUGGUGCGUAAUUACCCCCCCUGCGUGGUCCCUUCCGACGCACUGAUUAGCUAGACGAGGACCUUUCUGCCUACUUGGCGGCCAUCCUUGAGCUCGAGGACACUGCUCAAGGUUCAGCCGUUAAUCAAGAAGCGAUCAACAAGGCAAUCGUUGACGCCAAGGCCGAGGUGACGCAGCAGCCACAGCAGCCGUCGCGCAAGGGGAAGGGGAAAAAGACCACUAAACGCAAGACGGCUUCGACCUCGUCAUCAGUGGCGGACAGAGAGGGUCUAGUGUCCCUUCUUCAGGUGGCUGCUCGGCAAUACCGAGCCAGGUGAGAGAACCAUUGUCUCUUUUUUCUCCUUCUUUUCUGUUCCCUGUUUGCAUCGGCCCAACCGCCACAUUGUGUCCGCCAGGCCGCGUUCACACCACCACCACCAUCACCACCACAAUUGUGUAGUCUCACCUCACAUACAUUACCUCCAUGCACGUUUGUCCAUUGUGAUGUUUUACUUGGCAAGGGCGGAAAAAGGUGGGCCCGCUGGUGGGUCAAUAGCUAUCUGUAGAGCCGCGGCACGGAGAAAGG